CCGCGAGAAGGCUAGUACUUAGAGCUGCCAAUCAAACCUUUCAGGUCCCAGGACCCAUCGAUGGUGUGAAUACCCGUUCGACCGGACCUAUCACUUGGCAACUCGUCCAGGGAACGGCGGCAGGCACGGUGAACUUUUGGCCCAUAAGCGCUACUCUGAACCUUGCACAUUCAGGCAGACACGUCAAGAGCAAGCGUCACCCAAGCGUCAUCUGUCAUGAUUCUCCUUCAAAUUUUAUUUUAAAUGUCUGCAAUGCAUAUACGGGCUCGGACACUCUCGCGUUGCAGGUCUCCUCUCCGAAUCUCGCCUGGCAACUUCCAUACGUGAGGCUCAAUGUUACUACGCACCGAAUGAACGGGAAAGGAGAACUGUUACUAAUCUGCUGGCAUAAGGCUCCAACAACCUACAAAAUGUACGAUCUGCAUGAUCUAGCAUCAAUUCACAAACCCAAACAUCGACAUGUUCUUUCUCUCCAUCCUCUUCUUCUUGAUUCCUUUCGUCUCCAGUGUGUCCCACAUGUCCCGCAUGUCCCGCAUGCACAUGCGUGCGAAAACCAUCGACACCAGUGUGCUUUACGGGCAAUACGAAUCUCCUAAUGCUUCCUCUGGCUCCCAAACCUCUCACCUCACCUCACUGAAUGGUAAUACUAUUGCCUGGAAGACGAGCUGGACUUGGACUGGCGGACCUACUCAAGUCAAGAGCUUCUCCAACGUCCAACUCGAUAGCGGUAUCAAUAAACAACUGGACGCUAUUUACAGCAUGCCUUCUAGUUGGAACUGGACUCAGUCGAGCACCGGAACGGUCGUAGGAGACGUUGCCUAUGACCUGUUCACAUCUGACACCCCUGGCGGUUCAAAUGUAAACGAAAUAAUGAUCUGGCUUGCCAACUUCAACUGGGGACCCAUUUCUGCGCAGUACAACGCUACAGGCUCUGUCCCGAUUGUGAAAGACAUCUCGAUCCAAGGUUACAACUGGGAUUUGUACUCUGGAUCCAACGGAGUCAACCAGGUUUACUCGUUUGUCCUGACUAGCGGUACAAUCAAGAAAUUCAAGGGUGACCUUUACAAAUUCAUUUCGUACCUGAUUGACAACGAGGGCGUGAGCUCGUCACAGUAUCUCACCACUGCUCAGGCAGGCACAGAAGCUGUGUCUGGAGCGGCAACAUUCACGACGUCUGGGUACAGCUUGUUCAUCAAUUAGGUUAUUUGGUGUACGCGUUCUAUGGGUUUUAAUCAUUCCUCUGCGCCUCGACCACCAUCCAAAACUGUAAUGUUGCGACACAGGUGUCGCGGGUCUAAGAGCUUUUGUUCUUGGACUCGGUGUAUCAUCGGAGGCAUCCUAGCUCGUGUAGAGCACGAGCAUUAGUACAGCACUUUGUCUUAUCGUCAUCGCCACUCUCCUUGAUCUUGCCGUUCACUUAUACAUUCCACUCGUUUCCUACCCGUUUGCUUUGACCACUGCGUUACACGUUUACCACUUCGCUGUCCCACCUCGUACAGGACCCGAGCACUUUGUAUUAUCGACAUCGUCACUCGUGCAGGUCACUUACACAUUCCACUCGUUUGAUACCCGUUCGUUUUGACCGUAUAUGAGAUGGCAUGUAACGUCUCGAAUAGUAUCGGAAUUGAAUUCUGACUUAAAAGUAU